AUCCAUGCAGACAGCUCUCUGCUUCACGUAGGCAGGUCCCUCUGACUUCGCCACUUGCUCGUUCAUUCCCCUUUUGCUUGAGUGCACACACAAAUAUGUACAUAUAUGAAGCAUGAGUCGCAUGCAGCCGGAAACAACUCAGUAAGCUCUGCUUCCUCCAGAGGUUCCCUGUGUGCCUUCAGCACUGCAGCCCAGCAGAGGAGCACUGGAGAUGAGUGUGGCCCAGAAGAUCCCUGUGAUGAGCCAAGGCAUCCUCUUUCAGAGUGCACCCUAGAGCACAAAGCCAUCAAACUAGAAGAACAAGUCCGUGACCUAACGGAACGAUACCGAAAAGCCUUGGCGGAUUCUGAAAAUGUCCGGAGGAGGACCCAGAAAUUUGUGGAAGAUGCCAAACUGUUUGGGAUCCAGAGUUUCUGCAGGGACCUCGUUGAGAUAGCAGAUAUCUUGGAGAAGACAACAGAGAGUGCUGCAGAGCAAACAGAGCCCAGCGAUCCCAACCCAACCCUCCAGAAGAUCUGCGAAGGCCUGUCUCUCAUUGAGGCCAAAUUGCAAAGUGUGUUUGCCAAACAUGGCCUUCAAAAGAUGAACCCUGUUGGUGACAAAUAUGAUCCAUAUGACCAUGAAAUAGUUUGCCACGUACCGGCGGAGGGAAUGCAGCCAGGCAUGGUGGCACUAGUGACUCAGGAUGGCUAUAAGCUCCAUGGCCGCACCAUCAGACAUGCACUAGUUGGUGUGGCAGUCGAGUCACAGGCGUGAUAUGGGUGUGUCCUUUGUGGUCUGGGACCUUUUUGAGCUGAGGACUCUUCUUUGCUCCGUGGCAAUUGUGGCUGCAUGUCUAUGCUUAUUUAUUAAGUUAGGUUUCUAUUGUAUAUUGGCUCCUUAACAAUGUGUGCCAUCAUCCUAGCUUUAAUUCCAAGGUACUCAGUUAUCCAGUGUACUUUUCUGAGCAUGUGAAAUAAUAUUGGGAGUCCUCUUUGUCAAAAGUAUGUGGCACCAUAGCUCCUUCUCUUGUUGGUCUAAGUCUAUUAAAAAUUGAAUGGGGAAGGGAGUGUUGAGGGGAGAGAGAGAAAGAGAAAGGAUCCAAGAGCCAGGAACCUCCUGCCUUCUAAUCUCAGCUCUGACACAGACUCCUUCUGUGGCCUUAGGUGAAUCAUUUAACCUCUGUGCAUCAUUUACCCUGUCUGUUAAAUAUACUAACCUAUUUCACAGAGUAUUGUGAGGCUGUCUGCUUGGAAAGCACUGAGGAGAUAACCAGCUCCAAAUGCUAACAAGUAUCAGAUCUUUUUUGUUGCAUCUCAUGCCCUUCCCAGAGGCAGGGGGAUCUGAGAGGCUGUAUGCUUGAAAUACCGGUUUCAGCCAGAUUUCUCUCUCUGUCUCUGAAGAUAAUUUUAAACUCAUGGGCUGCAUCCAGACGAGCACAGGCACUUGUUUUGCUGGGGACAAGUAGCAGUGACACACAGCAGGUAACCCAAGGUAGGGUAGGGGAGACUGGAGCCAGCAACUGUGCUGGCCCCAGCAGCCUUACCUGGGAUCCUUGUGGCCUUCUGGAGCUGCAGCCACAGCAGGAAGCCUCCCUGGCAGCUAGAGUGUGGCUCCGGUUGGCCAGGCUCCGGUUUUGGGUGGCGUGCACGCUGCCACCAUAUGCUAUGCCUCUCCUUUUUUCAGCAUGGGUUUUUUUUACCCCAGGAAAUCUCGGGGUCAACACCCCCCCCUUUCCCCCCCAGCUACAAGGUUGCAGCACAGGGAACACCUGCAUGUGUGGUGUGUGGUGCCAAAGAUGGGUCUGUGGCAACACAUACCACACAUCCACACUCGUCUGGACACAGCCACGAAGACUCAGUCUCUUGGGCAACAUGGGCAGCUGUAUUUGAAUAGGAAUUAAGUUUAAAAAAAUCUGCUACCAGUUAAGACAUAUAAAAAAAACUAGAACUCUUGAUUCCAAAAUGAUACCUUUUAUUAGACCAACUGGAAAAUGGCAAGAAAAUUGUCCUUUUCUGUAAGCUUUCAGGAACAAAGUCCCUUUUUGUCAGGCACGGGGAAAAGUGUAGAUGGUACAAGAUGAUAAAAAGUCCCCAUAGGUAGGAAAUAAACUUCAUUUUUGCAUAGAGGGAGCUGACUUUUUACCAUCUUGUACCAUCUACACUUUUCCCAGAGCCUAACGAAGGGACUUCGAUCCCGAAAGCUUGCAGAAAAGGACAAUUUUCUUGCCAUUUUCCAGUUGGUCUAGUAAAACUGGCCUGUUACAAACUAGUCAGAGGGGACCAGCAGGCACUGGGAGAGUCCCUGUUCCCCCGAGCACUACCAGGAGUGACUAGAAAUAACGGUCACAAGCUGGCAGAGGGUAGAUUCAGACUAGAUAGACAUCAGAAGCCGCUACUUCACUGUCAGGGCGGCUAGGAUCUGGAACCAACUUCCAAGGGAAGUGGUGCUGGCUCCUACCCUGGGGGUCUUUAAGGAGAUUAGAUGAACACCUCGCUCUGGUCGUUUGACCCCAGUACUCUUUUCUGCCAUGGCAGGGAAUCGGACUUGAUGAUCUGCUCGGGUCCCUUCCGACCCUACCGGAAAAAAAAAAAGGUAUAAUUUUGGAACCAAGAGUUCUAGUUUUUUGUAUGUCUUUUUGUCUCAGACCAGCACGGCUACCAAGUACAACUCUGCUACCAGUUGAAACUUUAUCAGAUCAAUAUUAGCUCUCUAGCUCAUGCCUGAGACCCCCCCUGCUUUCAGAGUUAAAAUUGGGAUAAUGCUUGGUAGGGAUUUGCUGGGACUGUUCUAAAGUCUGUAGGUCUGUUCUUAAAGGAACUUGUACUUUCAAGAGAAAGUACCCCUGGAUUCUUUGCUGUAGCUUACAAGCACCCUUAAUGACAUCCAGUAGAUGCUGGUGACUCCAACACCUGAACUGGGUGAUCUGAUCUAAUUGAUACACACGUAACACUGACUUCCCAUUUCAGUUCAGGGACAACUGCUGCUUGGCUGUCUAGGUACCAAAUCUAGGCCUUUUUUAAUUUUUUUUUUAGAAAGGAGCAAACCUAUCUUAAGUGAAAGUCCCAAGUGUCCUUGAACCAAUUUCAGCAACAGUGACCAGAAAGUGAAGAGAAGCAGCAUAAAAGUGGGUGCUGGCCUGGAGGGAUCCCCUCAGCUGAAGACAAGUUAACUGGCACCAUGUAGUGAAAGGUCUUAGGGCAGAAGCAUUUCCCCCUGGAUCUCUGAUGAGGGUAAUCCUUUUGUGAACCCUUUGGCUAAACUGGAAGCAGGAGUCAUCUGUUCAUUCCCUGUAUUAGAUUUUAGAUGCUAGCAUCUGUACCUAUCUCUGAGCUAAAUCUGAACUCAAACUCCAUUUAACAAGUAAGAGAAGUAACAUAGGAGGUGGUGACAUCCAGCCUCAAGCUCAAGUCUGCUUUUUAAGUGAGGAGGGGAAUUGUGUUUACAGUGCUUCUUGCUAAGGAAUGAGUUCUUGCCCCCUCAAUUUUUCAGGCCAAAUUUAUGACUUGGCAAGUGUUUGGGGUCUGCUUCCAAAAACCAUGUUUAGUGGGAUGCCAGCACCUGCUUAAAAGAAAGCACUCCUUUCCCAUUCCUUUGCAGCCUUGUGUUCUCUGCCUUUGUGAUGGACCUCAAGACUAUGCCUUCCCUCAACUUAGUGCUGCCAACAGUCUUUAAUGAGAGAAGAAUAUAUAGAGAGCAUAUUAAGUUCAGUGCCUUUUAUUCCAAAAGGCUGUGAAGGAUGGGCAUGUCUCUUCUCAUUUGGUUAGCACAAAGCUGCCUUAAGCAAUGAUUUAGGACUGAUUCAGAGCUAUUUGACUCUGAAUUAGAAAAGAUGUUUCAGAAUGUGAUGGUGCACUUCUAACUAAUCAGAAUCUUGAGAUCUUGACCCUAGUAAUUAGUGCUUCUUGGUAAAUCUAAGGCCUGUUGUUUAAUCACAAUGGUGAGGAUUUAUUUUGAGAGAGAGAGAGGUCCACAUAGGCUUCUCUUUCUCUGGGACCUGUUUCAUGAAGGCACUAUGUCUUGUGGCUAAUCAGGAACCUGGCAGUAAGGUUUCUGUGCUCUGUUUCUGACUCUUCACCAAACACCAUUAUGAAAGUUAUUUCCUCAGUUUGUGCCUCGGGUUUUUUAGGUGUAAAACGUCUCCAAUAUUGGGCCUACCUUAAAGGGCUGCUGUGAGGAUUAAUAGAAUGUGUGCAGAGGGCUUUGAUUUCCUUUAAUGAAAUGUGCUGGAGAGAGGCAAAGAUAUUAUCACCAUCUCAUCUUCCGCUGUGUUUUAAUCCCAAUGUGAGAAUGCAAUUAAGCAAAACUCAAGGGGCCAGUCUCCUGAGUUGCACUGCAGUUCAACAUCUGAGGUUAACUUUGGUCCUGUUGGCUUUCGAGCACCCAUAUAAAUUUCAUACUUUGUGUUACCAAGAUUGUCCUAGGCUGGGUUAAAUUCUCCUUUAGAAAGUCCAGCCCUCUUGCUGUCUUCCAUGUUUGUAGAAAGCUUGCACUCUUAUGCACAAUGGGACCGAUUCUUCUUGGGCAUGUAACGCUGCAGUGUUACACUAGAGAGGAAUCUAACCCAUUAGCUUUUUUCUUUUCAGACACUUUAGUCAAUGAUUGACUCAUGUUAAUGCAAGUGUGUGUUAAGAAAGAGUUAUUUGUGGAGAAGGGAGGUGUCACAAAAGCAGUAGUCAUUGCCAUCUAUUUACACAUCACCAUGGUAGUGUUAAUAUGUGGAAAUGACCUCAGUGGUAGGUCUGUGGCAGCCUUCUUUUAUGUUGGCAUUUUUUUUCCCAUGCCUCUGCCACAUCUUGUCAGUGGGGCACAUUGCAGUUGAACUCUGCCAUAAGGUUUGCAGUGGCACAAUUAUGCUAAUGUGGCAGCAUGUGAAACUCCGACCAUAUGCAGUACAAAAUGUGAACAUCGCGUUCUUAGUGCUUCAUUAACAGGGAUUCUGUUGGAACAGCUGUGAUAAAUCAAUGGCUAUUAACACGCUUUUUAAAAAAAGAAAAACAAAAAGCAAUGUAUUUAAGUUUAUAUUGUGAAUAUUUUAGUAUUUUUUUAUUAUUAUUUUAAAGCACAAGGUGUUUUGAUAUCACUUGCCAAGACAAAUGAACAAAGCAUUGCUAAUCUCCAAAAAGUGUAGGCCUCUUAGUUGGCAGGAAACCUUCUGUACAUACUUUAUGUUUUCCUGUUUCUGUGCUUUUAUGUACCCAAAGGUUCUCACUGUAUGAAAGGGAAAUUCAGAGUGCAGUGUAGGGCGUGAUGACAGUGAGAUUUGAGUUAAUGCUGGAAUGUGCUGACUUCUUUUUAGAUGCUCAGAUACUGUGCAUUUGCUAAUAAAAGUUGCAUUAACAGGG